AAAUUGGUCAUAAGUCAUAGUGCAAGGGUGCGUACUAUGUUAGUAUUCAUGCAUGUAUAUAUGUAUAUAGUAUAGUAUAUGUAUAAUAGUGUAUGCUCCACGAAGGCAGUUCCAAGAAAUGGAGGGAUAGCAGCGGUCAUAAUGCAUAUCUUCCAUCACACAUAACUUGAAGUAAUGCUGUAUGUUGAUGAAGUGUUUUCAAAUGCAAACAAGUUGAACUGUGUUACCAAGAUCUGAAAUGGCAACAAACAAAUCAUUGUUUAUGAACGGCUUCAAAGAAGAUUGCGAACAAUUAAUUACUCGUUUUGAACGUGCAGAUAACAUUAGAUUUGAAACUUUUUGCGAUAUCUGGAAAGCAAUGAAGUUUUCACUGGUCUUUGCGGGCCGUCCAUCCUUUUUGGAGCUAUUAGAAUUUUGCGAAGAAGCAUUACAUAUAUGUAAACAAUUUAUUCUUCUACCUCCUCGUUUUAAAGAACGUAUUGGAGGAUUAUAUCUUUUAUAUGGAAUAUACUUCAAAAUGCCAAUAGAUCAAUUUAGAAUUAAAAUUAAACUAGAUGAUUGGAAAAGUAUUCUGGAACUUCAUGCAGAAAUAAAAGAAGCAGAACAUUUAGAUGCUAAUUAUAUAUUGUGUAAACUAAUUGAAAGUAAUGCAUUUCAUUUCUGUCUUUUUGAUUCAGAGUAUGGUAUGGAAAAACCAUAUAUUGUAAAGAAUUCACAGUGUUUUAAUCCAUAUUCUAUAUUGCCAACAUUAAAAGAUUUAAGUGACAAGAAUCAAAUAUUGUCAAAAAUUAAUGAACUUAGUAAAGCUUAUGAACAGAAGAAAGAAGCAUCAAAAUUAAUAAAUCUAUCAGAUGCUAGUUUAAAAUUAUUUAAUUCAAAUAUAGCACAGGAAAUCAUUAAUGAUAUUCAAGAGUUUGAAGAACAGAGAAGGGAUCAACAGAAAAAUACAAUUGAUUUUGAAAAACCAUCUUGUUCUACUUUAAAAGGACAAUCUUCAAAUGAACAUACAAAAUUUCAAUCAAGAGGGCCUGCCAAACGCAAAAUGCGACCAUUAAUUGAUGGUAUUGAACCUGAAAGUGAAUCUGAAGAAGGUGAAGCAUUAGAAAGUGAUGAUUCAUAUUCAGAGUUAACAAUAGAUUCAUAACAGCAAAGAAAAAGAUAUGAAGUAUACAUCUUUCAUACUUAUAGAUACCACUGACUUGUUAUUGCCAUGGGCGUCAUGGGCCAGGAUUUCAACUCUUGAUCCAUAUUGAUAUAUUCUUCCAUUUGGAUGGAGUAAUGCCGCAGCCGCUCCAGAACCGCUCAACGAUAGUACAAUAUUAUUCUACGCUGACGAUAAAUGCAAUUCAGAUAAUAAUCAU